CGAUACGCCAAGGACGCUGGUUCCAUCAGGCAAGGGGCCAGCCUCCAUGUUUUUAUAACAAAAAACACAACAAAUGGUGUCUCUGAAAUUAAAAAUGGCGGGAUUGGAGGCUGAAAUGGAGAAUAAUGGUACAGAUCAGGCAGAGUUCCCUUCCCUAUCCCUGAUAGAUGGCAGCAUCGAUUUUCAAAAUUCAGGCGAUGCUGAAAUACCUCAGGCAAGGCCUAGGGCUGCACUGGCAUUUAUGGAUGUUAUGGACAUAGUUGCUGCGAGUUUUGGCGAGAAUGGAAGACGAUGUUAUAAGGUACAGUGGAAGGAUAGUUGGGUGUACGAAGAUCACUUGUUUGACUGCAAUGAUUUAAUCGAACAAUUUUGGAAGCAACAACCAGAAAACAGAGAAAAAAGAAAUUUGCGGAAGAGAAAUGCUGAUGGGAAAGUUAAAGUAUCAGGAAAGGACACAAAAGAUUUAACUGUAAUAGUUAUGAGUGAUAAUGCUACAAACAAUACCAAUAAUUGCAGUGUCAACAUUGAAACUGAAUUGAUGCUUGGAGAUGAAGGUGUUGACGAUGAAAUGGGGGAAAACAAAGACUUUGACUGGCAUCAAAAUACAGAGAUUAAAAGAAAACAUAUACAAAGAAAACGUGAUGUCAUUGUCUGUCAUCUUUGCGGUGAAGAGUUUGAUAUGGUUGCAGCUGUACGCCGCCAUUAUAGCGACAAUCACCCUGGAGCAAAACCAUUUGCCUGUGACUCCUGUGGUAAACGGUUCGAUAGAAAAGAGAAUUUGAGCAGACAUGUCAGAAUACAUACAGGGGAUAGGCGAUAUAUUUGUAAUUAUUGUGGAAAGGGUUACACUGACCCAUCAGGUCUCAAGAAACAUGUGAUUUCAAAACAUUCAAAUAUAAAUUUUCCCUGCGAGGUAUGUGGCAUGAAUUUUAAAACAAAAGACUCACUUAAUCGCCAUUUAACUAAGCAUUUAACAGAUUUUAAAUCAAGAAAUGAUAUAGAGCAAGCAAAACCAGAUGUGGAGUUGUUACAGAACAGUUCGAAAGGCUCUCAAGAGAACAUGCAGGCGUUGCAAGAUGCUGCCAACGUUCAACAACUUCAGCAAUAUGCUGGUACCAGCACUGUUCAGGUGCAGUACAUUCAAGUUACCCAUGAUCCCUCAGGCGGUCAGUCUGAAGAAGAUACAACAGAGGAAGAUUUAAAUAAAAGUGAAAAUGGAAACAAAUGUGAGGACGAAUCAAAUUUUGUGGCUAUUCCAAUCGUUAGCCAAGUAUUAUCUCUACAAACCCCACUAAAUGUACCUAUAACUACACAGCAACUGGUGACCUCAGUGCCAGACAGUCAACACAUUACUUUCCCUCAGAAUAGUGUUGAAUUUACAAGCGAGUCAGCAACAACAAGUAAAUCUGAUACUGUCACAGUGAACGGUAUUUUAAAAGAGUAGUUUAUUAGUAUAAUUUUAUCGCAAGAACAUUUAAGUGGAACACUUCAAGUUGUACUUCCUUUUUAAUUUAUAAAACAAAGAGAAUAUGUAAAUAUUAUCAUAGAAAAAUAUAUAGGUUUUCUUAA